UCGAUGCAAGUGGAACGGUCUGCAUCAACAUGCGGUCAUUCGUCCUGCUGAGUCUGUUCGCAGGCGUCAUCGGGGCUGUCCCGUUAGACCAGCAGCCGCUUGGCGAUUCUCAUGCUGAAGAAUUCCUUGAUGCGACGCAGUUGCCACUGACGGGCGCAUCCGCGCCUGGCUUGCACGGCCGCUUCUUACACAUCACUGACUUCCACCCCGACCGAUACUACCGAUACCGCAGCGCGAGCGAUGACGGGAGCUGUCACCACGGCAAGGGUGAUGCAGGAUACUUUGGAGCCGAGGGCUUAGAUUGUGACUCGCCUUUGUCGCUGGUGGAUGAAACCUUCCGCUGGAUCGAACAGAACCUGAAGGAUGAUAUCGAUUUUGUGAUUUGGACGGGCGACUCGGCUCGUCACGACAAUGACGAGCGCAUCCCUCGAACCGAAAAGGAGAUUUUGGAAUUCAAUAACUUCAUGGCCGAAAAAUGGGUGGACCUUUUUGGCGUCCGGAAGAAUGAUGUCGGCAUGAGCGGCGUCCCAGCCGUGAAUGUCCCUGUUGUGCCCACUUUCGGCAACAACGACAUCGCGCCGCACAACAUCUUCAUGGAUGGACCGAACAAAUGGACCAGGCGGUAUGCAGAGCUCUGGCGCCACUUCAUCCCGGAGGAUCAGCGCCAUAGCUUUGUCGAGGGUGGAUGGUUCACAUCCGAGGUCAUCCCUGGCAAAUUGUCCGUGAUCAGUUUGAAUACCAUGUACUUCUUCGACUCAAACAGUGCGGUGGAUGGAUGCGCCGACAAGUCAGAGCCUGGAUAUGAACAUAUGGAGUGGUUGCGGGUCCAGUUAGAACUCUUGCGCUCCCGCAACAUGAAAGCUAUUCUAAUGGGCCAUGUCGCCCCCGCGCACUCGAGUCAGAAGACUAGCUGGGACGAGACUUGCUGGCAGAAGUAUACCCUUUGGGUGAACCGCUUCCGUGACGUUAUUGUGGGAACCGCUUAUGGACAUAUGAAUGUCGACCAUUUCAUGCUACAGGAUAGCCAUGAUAUUGACUUCGACUUCUUGACGCAUAAGACUACCAGCGAACGGGUAGGAAUUCAGUCUAAGACAGACUACCUCAGCUCACUACGAACGGACUGGGCGGAUUUACCAUCCCCUCCACCCGGAGUAUUUGACGAUUACGAUUCGUCAUCCGUUGAUACCCAGAAAAAAGGGAAAAAGAACAAGAAAAACAAGGACGAGAAGGAGAAGAAAGACAAGAAGAAGGAGAAAAAGCGACAAAAAUUCUUCAAGAAGAUUGAAGGCCCGUGGGCUGAGCGAUACAGUGUGUCACUAGUUUCGCCCAGUGUGGUGCCAAAUUACUUCCCUACGCUUCGUGUGAUCGAGUACAACAUCACCGGCCUGGAUAAUACAUUUGAGCGCGAUUUCAUCGACUCCGCAGCAUUGGCAGGUUCUAAUACCGAGGAAGAUACACCAGAGCUCCUCAAAAAGAAGAAACACAAGAAGAAGAAGAAGCCGGACUUCAAGGUCCCUGAUGCACCAUCUCGCACUAGCCCACCGGGACCUGCCUACUCUAAUCAGCCCCUUACUUGGUUGAGUUACACUCAAUACUUUGCCAACAUCACUCAUUCUAAUGCACAGUAUGCAUCCGGCGACAAAGACGCCCACCUCGACUAUGAAGUUGAGUACAAUACUAGAGAUGAUGUCUACCAGAUGAAAGACUUGACGGUGCGGAGCUUUCUCCAGCUGGCAGUACGCAUCGCAGAGCAAGGCGAGGCGACAAAUGAGGUUGGCAUCACCAAAAAGGUGAACAAGGCCUGGGGCGCGUUCCUCACGCGUGCAUUUACCGGGUUUUUUGAUGUGGAUGAUUUGAAUGAUCAGCUGGAAUCAUGA